AUGGUCGAGCUCGUAUGUUUAGGCCAAGCACUUUCGAAUAUUCAUGGACUCUCACUCGAGACUAUUCUGACCUUUGUUACGUUGGUCUCUGCUGUCAAGGAAGAUAUGAUAUUAGCCCAGCCUGCAACAUAUGAUGUAUCUACACCUCCGGACUUCAUGCCUCCUAGCGUGUCUUUGUUUUUGGGCUCCGCAUGCUCCCUGACACAAGACUCAGUGCGAAUCUGCUGGUCCACCUUAAAACAUGAUAUCUGGAAAGACAUAUUCACGCUGCAGCACAACACCCACUCGCUGUUCGAACAAUUCGGUUAUCCCCAUGGCCUGAAUCCACUGACAAGACCAUCACAUAUUUUCUAUGAUAACAACUGCCAUCUCGCUCAGCAUGUCAAAGAUGACCCAUUCUUCAAUGACAUCAGCCUAUCUGUUGAUGUCUUUCAUUUCAAUUGCAAGCACUCCAAGAAUGACCUCUUUUGUCAAGAAAAUUGCAACCCCAUGGCCUUCCCGGAGCUUACGGUUGAUGGUGAUGGGAAGUGGUACUUCAACUCGUCUGAACCGCCUUACAUUAGAGAAGUUGAAGAGGGAGCACCAGAGGCCGUUGCAGUGGGAGUCCAUUGA